AUGGAUCCGAUUGCAAGAAAUAUCGUUAAUUUAAACGUAUUGCGCCGACACGACGAGAAGAUUGUUGAAAUUAUCGAUAGUUCAAGUCAUGUUGUUGUAUACAAAAUUGAUCACGAACAAUCCGCGUGGACCAAGAAAGGAGUUGAAGGCACAAUGUUCGUUUUUAAAAGGCAACCCGUAUAUGGUUUCAUAGUGAUGAAUCGAUUAGGCAUCGACAAUUUUAUGGCUCCUUUAACAGACAGCAUGGAACUUGAAUUUAAGGAUGAAAUUAUUAUAUACCGAACUGAUGAUGAUGAUAUCCAUGGUAUCUGGGUAUUUGAAGAAAAGGAUAAAGAAAGGAUAGGAAAGACAUUACGAGAAUGUCGCGAAUCAGCAAAAACAGUCGAAGUACCACCACCGUUAGAGCAUUUAACACCAAAAUCUUAUGGCAAACAGAUAAAUAUAGAAGAUCUUCUAAAAUCACCAGAAAUAAACCAAACGAAUGGUAGUACAAUUUCAACACCCCAGCGAAGCACGUCAUCGCACGAGUUGCCUCAGAAAACUUCACAUGACACACCAAACAAUAUUUUAGACGGAAAAAUGCUUUUAAAGUUGUUACGACAACCUACAAAUGUUUCAAAAGCGACAUCCUCAAACCCAAAUUCAUACAUAUCUCCAAAACCAAUACCACAGUUACCUUUACCGUUACCUACUGAAACGAUACCUUAUGACCAAAGUUUGGGCCCUCCGUUUUCUAACAAUCAAGGAGGUUCAAAUGCCAAUAUAUCAGCUUUAUUUGGAAUAAAUAGUCCUGAAUUACAGCGCACACAGGUUCUGGAUGCUUCCAUUACGUGUCUCCCGAGAUUUCCUGAUGGUACUAAAAAGAUGCUGAGCAAAUCGGAGUUUACGCAAAAAUAUUUAAAUUUAAUUCAGUCUGAUCCAUCUUUCAUGGAUAUCCUUUACCAAAAUUACAUUGUUAAAACGCAAGAGAAUAUGUGA